UGCUUUCCCUUCUGAUUUCCGUCCAGCCACAUCGAUUGCUUCCUCUUUGAUAAAAUCGAGCAUCACUGGACUAUCAUACUUGACAGAGAAGUUAGAGGUGAACACUGUGACUGUCAAUGAGCUGAAGCAUCAGUUUGAGGAAUCGGGAACAAUUGCCUUAUAUUCUGUCAAUGCUGAGAAGAAACAAAAAAUUCUCAUGCAUUAUGAUGUGGAGUGGAUAACUUUUGACAACCUAUCUAUGAUUGGCAACCAACCCACUCCAUUUGCCUGGGGUGAAGCAGGUGAAGAUGCACAUGCAACUCAAUACACUGAUAUUGGAUGGCUUGUGGACAACAUUUUCCUACCAAUAGCACUUUUACUUUGGGAGCAGGGUGUAGUAAAACUGUUUUUUGAACUUAAGAAG